GUUUUGAGGCCCAGGCUCAACUGUCUCGUCUCCCUCAUUUUGAGAGAGAGAGAGAGGAGAGAGAGAACAAUGGCGGCUCUGAAUAUUUCAUGGCAGCCGACUACGGCGGUUUUGACGAAGUUUUCUUCACUCUCUCAAUACGAUUAUAAUAAUCUCAGCUCUCGUCAAAGUUGUGGCAAUGCUUUUACUUCUACUUGCGUUUCCUUCCCCUGUUUUUCUCCUCUUUCUCUAUCUACAACCAGAGCCGCGUUCACGAAGAAGAUUGUAUCCUCUACUUCUUGCAACAUGAUGCCGCGAUCCACGAAAUCAGGUAAUGAAACAUUAUGGAUACAACACAAUUCCUUGUGCCCUGAUACUAUUGCUUCAAAUAAUGGGAGGAGGAGGCAAUGCCAAGUACAUUCGGUCUUUCCUACCACACCUGCUGAGGUGUCAUCUGUGGAUGAUCUUUUUGAAUUCAUAUCCUCUGGUCCAUUGCUGGAGAAGAUGGGUUUUACUUCAGAGUCAGUGGCUGAAUCAAUUGACAAAUGGUUGCAGUAUGGAUUGUAUCUAUGCAGACUUUUUCGGCUAAAUGAACUCUAUCUAAAUUUGCCUCAGAAAAUUAGGCUUUAUCACUACUAUAUUCCAGUAUUCUUAUGGAUAGAACAGCAGAUUGCCGACCACAGUUCCUCAUUUGAUGAUGGAGAAGAAGUCCCUCCUCUUGUGGUUGGAUUUAGUGCUCCACAAGGUUGUGGAAAGACUACUCUAGUAUUUGCUCUCGAUUAUCUUUUCCGCAUGACUGGAAGGAAGUCUGCAACUAUAUCUAUUGACGAUUUUUACUUGACAGCUGGGGAUCAAGCAAAACUCAGGGAAAGUAAUCCUGGUAAUGCUCUUUUAGAGUUCCGUGGAAAUGGGGGAAGCCAUGAUCUUCCAUUCUCUGUUGAAACACUAACUGCUAUGUGCAAAUUGACAAAAGAAGGUAUAAAGAUGAAACUCCCUCGCUAUGACAAAUCUGCAUAUGAUGGCAGGGGUGAUAGAGCAGAUCCUUCAACAUGGCCAGAAAUUGAAGGACCUCUUUCGGUUAUUCUAUUUGAGGGUUGGAUGCUUGGCUUUAAGCCCCUUCCAGUUGAAGUGGUUAAAGAUGUUGAUCCCCAGUUGGAGACCGUUAACAAAAAUUUAGAAGCUUAUUAUGAUGCAUGGGACAAGUUUAUAAAAUCAUGGGUAGUUAUAAAGAUUCAAGACCCAAGCUUUGUAUAUCAAUGGCGAUUGCAGGCAGAAAUUGCCAUGAGGGAAGAUGGGAAUCCUGGUAUGACCAAUGAGGAGGUUUUGGACUUUGUUUCACGAUAUAUGCCAGCAUACAAGGCAUAUCUACCUACUCUUUACUCAGAAGGUCCUAGUGGGUCUCAUCCUAACCGUCUUCUUGUCAUUGAUAUUGAUGAAGGAAGGAAUCCGAUCCUCGGUUGCUAGAUGAUCACAGUUCAGAUAAUGUUCUAUUUAUGCUGGUUGUUUGGAAGGCUGAUGAGUAUCUGACAAUGCAAAUGGGAGAUGAUCUAGAAGAGGUAAGUAAAGAAGAAGCUUUUAUUAAUUUAUAUUUGGUGUAGAGUGUAUUUGAUUAUACAAUAAUAAUAAUAAAUUGGAUUCCUUAGGGGUGUAAGCUAAACUCUCAAGAAUUUGUUUUGGUGAUGACUCAAUCUUAGUAUUAGAGUUAUCAUGAAUUUAGUUUUAGUUAUUCCUUAGGUAUUGUAUGUGUCAAUAUUGAUUGGAUAGAGGAAAAAUUUGCAAAAAUUAAUUGACUUUUUUCAUAAGGAUCCAAUGAUAGAUGAUGAUGCCAUAUGGGCAUCCAAUGU